AUGAAAUCAGUUGCUUUAUGGGGCGACAAGCCUGUGGAAGAAGAUGGCGAAGAACAUACCGUUAAUUCUCUAUGUUUUAAUCCUGAAGGAUCUCAACUGUUAGCUGCCGUAGGUUUAAGAAUACUAGUGUAUAACACUGCUGAUGGAGUCUUGCAAAGUGCUCUUAGUGGACACGGUGAUGUAGUCAAUACAAUAUCGUACGCAUCUGAUGGUAGUCGUUUUGCAUCUGGUGGUGCAGACAAAUUAGUUGUGAUAUGGACGAGCGAGCUGCAAGGAAUGUUGAAAUACGCACACGAUGGUUCUGUUCAACAUGUUGCGUAUCAUCCUAGUUCACAUUUACUAGCUAGUUGUUCGAAUACCGAUUUCGGUCUUUGGUCACCAGAUCAGAAAAAUGUGACGAAAUCAAAACUAACUGGUCGAAUAACUUGUUGCGCAUGGAGUCCAGAUGGUCAACUACUAGCAUUUGGACUCUACAAUGGACAAGUGCAUAUUCGCGACAAAGAAGGUAAUGAUAAAUAUAAAUUUGAUCGAGCUGAGGCGAUCAAUUCUCCUAUCUGGAAUAUAUCUUGGUCUCCAAUUAGAGAUGAAGAACUUCUACUGGCUGCGGUAGACUGGGGUCAGAAACUAACACUGUACCAAGCAACAGAUGCUAAACAAUCUGGAAAAGAACGUAAGCUUGGUUUUGAUCCAUGUGCAGUCAAUUGGCUUGUUAAAGACGCAUAUAAACUCGAAUCUCGUGCUGAAUUUAUCCUUGUCGGUGGCUCUAAUAGGGAAUGUAUCAUAUACAGCCGUGAAGGAUUCAAAUUAGGUACUGUCUGUACGCAAGACGCGUGGAUUUGGUGUUGUUGCGCAAAACCGGAUGGUUCUGCUGUGGCCAUCGGUACUACGAAUGGAUUUAUUGGAAUGUAUGAUGUCAAAUUUGGUGUUGUACAUGGAAUACAUAGAGAUCGAUAUGCAUAUCGAGAUAACAUGACCGAUGUUAUUGUUCAUCAUUUAGCAACCGAUCAGAAAGUUAAAGUUAAAUGUCGUGAAUUAGUUAAAAAGAUUGCAACAUACAAGACGACACUUGCCAUUCAAACACUUGACAAGAUUCUUAUUUACGAAGCACCUGGUGAUGUUCCACAUGAUAUGAAAUAUAAAUCGACAUUUAAAAUUAAUAAAAAUCUCGAAUGCAGCUCAAUGAUUGUUACAGCUUCAUAUAUCAUCACUUGCCAAGAUAAACGUUUACAUUGUUAUAAUUUUUCGGGUGAAGAAAUACGUAUUUGGCAAAUGGAUAGUCCAAUUCGUUAUUUAAAAUUAAUUGGUGGACCACGCGAUUGCGAAUCUGUACUGAUUGGCUUGAAAAAUGGUGGAGUUUAUCAAGUUUUCGUUAACAAUCCUUUUCCUCAAUUGCUAGCUAAACAGAAUGGUGUUAUCUAUUGUGUUGACAUGAAUAUCAAUCGAACGAAAGUUGCAGUUAUUGAUGACACAUUAACACUUUAUGUUUAUAGUGUUCAAACGAAAGAGUUGCUCUAUCAGGAGCCAAAUGCUCAGACUGUAGCAUGGAAUACAUCAUUUCCUGACAUGCUUGCUUUCUCUGGCGAUGGCUUUAUCAACAUAAAAGUUUCCGAUUUUCCAGUUUAUAGACAAAAUUUACAACGUUCUAUAACUAAUCACAUUCGACAUUUGUAUCGACAUAACCACCAAUCAGGUUUGAUCGUUGGUUUCAAUGGUUGUACAAUAUAUUUAUUGCAUUUAUGUGCGAUGAGUGGUGUUACUGUUCCUGUAACCGAUGCUGUCUAUCGUUAUAUGGGAAAACGACAACUUCAAAAUGCAUAUGAACUAGCGUCGUUAGGCGAAACAAGCACAACUUGGGAAGCAUUAGGACAUGCUUGUCUUGAACAAGGAGACUUGCGUUUGGCGAAGAAAUGUUUCAGUCGAAUAAGAGAUGUGAAAUACUUGAACUUAUUAGCAAAUUUUGAGGAAGCAGCCAAGCGUGGUGAAACAAAAAUGAACGUCAAUCUAGGUGAUUACUAUGCGUAUAGUGGUCGAUUUGCAGAUGCAGCAAGAAACUAUCAACAUGCAGGAGCACCUGAACGAGCGAUGACAAUGUUCUCUGAUUUGCGCAUGUUUGAUCAGGCAAAGGAGUACAUGGUGGCAGGCGACGUUGAUCAGCAAAAACUAUUGAAUAAACAAGCAGAAUGGGCCAUAUCCAUGAACGAGCAACGGCGAGCAGCGGAAUUGUUUGUUGCAGCCAAUGAUUUUCAAAAAGCAAUUGAUCUAGCAGGAAAAAAUAAAUGGGCAGAUUUACUAGCAACUAUUACAGGCAAAUUAGACAAGAAUGAAACAGAUCUUCUUCGCCGAUGUGCACGUUAUUUUGUAGAAAUGAAACAAUACACCUAUGCUGCAGAUGUUUAUGAAAAGAUGGGUGAUAUCAAAUCUUUAGUGGACAUGCGUAUCAUUCUUUCGCAAUGGCAUGAAGUCUUUGCCUUGGUUCGUCGUUAUCCAGCGUAUGCAUCGGAUGCAUACUACAACUAUGGUCAAUACUUAGCCGAACAAGACCGAUUUGUUGAUGCGCAACGUGCUUUUCAUAAAGCUGGUCGUGUCAAUGAAGCACGAAAUGUUCUUCAAGCAUUGACAAACAAUGCUGUCAAUGAGACGCGUUUCAAUGAUGCAGGAUAUUACAAUUGGUUGCUCUCAAAAGAGUAUUUAAUUGCAUUAAGUGAAACUUUAAAUGACGACUUACGCACUGAUUUAUUUAAACGUUAUAACCGUUGUUCGCUAUUAUCCGAACUUUACUAUGCAUAUCAAUAUAUAUAUGAAUAUACAACGGAACCAUUUGUUGAUACUCCACCGAUUAUCUUGUUUAACAUUGCGCGAUUUAUUUAUCACAAAUUAGCGAACUUAGCUGGCGAUAUUCCACCGGCAUUAUCGAAAUUUCGAACAUGUUAUGCUGCAUGUAAAAUAGCAAAAAAUUUGAAUGCGAACAAGUUUAGUCGACAGAUGAUCUAUUUGAUGCGUGAUUUGACAUUCACGCAUAAUCUAGGAAGUAAGCGAGUUGAAAUCGAACAAUUAGCGUUGGAAAUGGAAGCGAGAACAUUCACCGACGAUCAUGAUCUAUUACCAUUAUGUUAUCGAUGUUCGCAUCAUAAUGAAUUGUUGAAUGCACGAGGAAAUUCUUGUUCAAGUUGCGGAAGCCCUUUUGUUCUUUCAUUUUUAUCAUUCGAUGUUUUGCCAUUGGUGGAGUUUAUUCUGCCGUCGGAUAUUAAUGAUGAAGAUGCACUAAAUCUGCUUGAACAAGUGCCGAAUAGUCAAUUGGAAAACGUCAAUCCAUCUAAUAAAAUGAAUCAAUCCACAGCUAAUCGUCUUGUUAUUACUGAACAAGGAAACACCACGCGUGCUGAAGACAAAGAUCCAUUUUUGAAACGUAUGAGUAAAUACAGUGCAAAUCCAGAUGAUUACCGACCUGUGGUGGUUGAUCGAGCGCUGCUUAAAGCGAUGGAUCCUUCUCUGGUCUUCGUCUGUAAAUGGCCGUUCCCGUUGAGAUGGAAAUGGUAUCGCAUUAUUGUGCCCGAACAACCUGUUGGUCGAUGUCGACAUUGUAAUAAAUUUUUUCACAACGAUGAAUUCGAAUUAGCUCUGUUGGAACAAGGUGUUUGCCCGUUCUGUCGAAAUAACAAAGAUACAGACACGUCAGAAAAUAACAAUGAUUUCUAA